UAUAAAUACCCAUUAAAAGACCCUUUGGAGUCCAUCAAUUCCAUUUUUAUAUUCAUCAACUCAUCUUUCAAUACCCAAUUCCAACUAUGAGACUCUCAACUGCUGUUCUUCAAUUAAUUUUUGCUGCUAUUAUCGCUGCUUUACCAAUCAAAUAUGAUACUAAAAAAAACAUCAUCUUUUUAGUCUCUGAUGGGUUAGGUCCUUCAGGUAUCACUGCUGCUAGACAAUUUAAGCAAACUAGAGAUAAUUUAACCGAUGAACAAGCCGUUUUAGACUUGGAACAAUACUUAAUUGGUACUGUUAGAACUAAAUCUUCUUCUCAAUUGAUCACUGAUUCAGCUGCUGCAGGUUCAGCUUUUGCCGCUGGUCACAAGACUUAUAACGGUGCCAUCUCUGUUGAUCCAAAUGGUAAACCAGUUGGUACUUUCUAUGAAGGUGCUAAAUUGAAAAACUAUAAAACAGGUAUCGUUUCAACUACUUUUGUUCAAGAUGCUACAAUUUGUACUCCAAAUACUCAUGUUGCCUCAAGAAAAUUCUUGGAUUUAGUUGCUGAACAACAAUUAGGUUAUGGUCAUCCUUUAGGUCAAACCAUUGAUAUUGUUAUUGGUGGUGGUCGUGAAUAUUUACAUGGUGUUAACCAAACCCAAUAUGGUUCAAAGGGUAAAAGAAAAGAUGGUGUUGAUUUAAUUGAAAAAGCCGUUUCUGAUGGUUGGACUUAUGUUGGUGAUAGAAAAUCAUUUGAUGAAUUGAAUUUAGGUCAAGGUUCAGAAGCUCCAAAAUUACCAUUGUUGGGUAUCUUUGGUGCUAAUUCUUUACCAUAUGAAAUUGAUAGAAAUGCUUCUGAAGUUCCAUCUUUAAGAGAAACUUCCUUAUUAGCUUUAAACACUUUGAUUAAAGCCACUGAAGAUUUUGAAGAAGGUUUUGUCUUAUUAUUAGAAGGUGCUAGAAUCGAUCAUGCUGCUCAUGCAAAUGAUCCAGUUGCUCAUGCAAGAGAUACUUUAGAAUUUGAUGAAACUUGGAAAGCUGUUAUUGAUAGAGUCUCCUCUUUAGACACUGAAACCAUUGUUGUUUCUACUUCUGAUCAUGAAACUGGUGCUUAUGGUUUAGGUAUUGAUGGUAUUUAUGAUUGGUAUCCAGAAUAUUUAUUAAAUGCAACCAUUUCCACUGAAAAAGCUGUCCAAUUAUUUAAAGCUUAUAAAGGUGAUGAUAAAGAAGCUUACUUGAAAAAUGAAAUCUUGGCCAACAAAUUAGUUUUAACUAAUGUUUCAGAUGCUGAUAUUAAAUCAUUAGUCCAUUCUGAUGAUUUACAAGUUGAUAUUGCUCAUAUCAUUUCCAAACAAGCUAAUGUUGGUUGGACUACCGUCGCACAUUCUGCAGUUGAUGUUCCAUUAUUUGCUUAUUCAAACUCAAAAGAAGCUUAUAAUGAAGUCUUAGCUAACUUUGGUUCUUCAAUUGAAAACAUUGAAAUUCCAAAAUUCUUUGCUUCAUACUUGGGUGUUGAUUUAGAUGAAGUUACUGAAAAGAUUCAAGGUAUUAAAACUACUAUUGAAUAAGUCAUAAGCUUGCUAC